GAGCCCACUUCCCUUAGCGACAACACCCCGAAAAAAAAAACAAAAAAAGCCAAAACCAAAAUAAAAGUUCUUCAAGAGUGAAGUGACACAGUCCCAAGUCCUCCCAACGGCAUAUCAAUCGCCAAAACGAAAAUACUAAAAACCUUUGAUCCAAAACCAACCAACAACCAUUAAACUCUUUCCCUUUUUCCCCUUUUAACAACUAGUACUGAAAGUAUGCUGAGAGCUCUUACUCUCAGGCGCUCCUUCCACUCUCUCUGUCAGCACCUCCACCAUAACCAUCCUCCUUUUAGAAGCCUUGUUGUCCCUAUCACCAUUGAAACCACUUCUUCAAUCCCCACUAACCCGUUCUACUCGGCACGCCCACUGUCUACUCUGGCAUCAUCGCCCUCAUCGUCCUCCUCCUCCGACGCCGAGCUCCGUAAGUACCUUGGCUACGCGGCGCUUCUUCUUUUCUCUGGCGCAGCCACCUACUACUCCUUCCCUUUCUCCGAAAAGGCCAAGCACAAGAAAGCCCAGAUCUUCCGCUAUGCUCCUCUCCCCGAAGACCUCCACACCGUCUCCAACUGGAGUGGGACCCACGAGGUCCAGACCCGGGUUUUCCAUCAGCCCGAGAACCUCGAGCAGCUGGAACAGGUGGUGAAUGACGCCAAUGAGAAGAAGACCCGAAUUCGGCCGGUGGGUUCUGGGUUGUCACCCAAUGGAAUUGGGCUGUCGAGGAUUGGGAUGGUUAAUUUGGCUCUCAUGGAUAAGGUCCUGGAGGUGGAUAAGGAGAAGAAGACGGUGAGGGUUCAGGCUGGGAUAAGGGUUCAGGAGUUGGUGGAUGGGAUUAAGGAACAUGGGCUUACAUUGCAGAAUUUCGCUUCCAUUAGAGAGCAGCAGAUCGGAGGCAUUAUACAGGUUGGUGCACACGGUACUGGUGCAAGAUUGCCUCCCAUCGAUGAGCAGAUCAUCGGCAUGAAACUGGUUACUCCUGCUAAGGGAACAAUCGAACUCUCAAAAGAGAAAAAUCCGGAGCUGUUUUAUCUAGCUCGCUGUGGUCUUGGAGGUCUUGGAGUAGUUGCUGAAGUCACCAUUCAGUGCGUUGAGAGAGAGGAGCUUGUGGAGCACACUGUCAUCUCAAACAUGGAAGAGAUCAAGAAAAAUCAUAAGAAGUUGCUAUCUGAAAACAAGCAUGUAAAGUACUUGUAUAUUCCAUAUACUGAUGCUGUUGUGGUUGUGAGGUGCAACCCAGUUUCAAAAUGGAAAGGUCCCCCAAAAUUCAAACCCAAGUACAGUACAGACGAAGCCUUGCAGCAUGUUCGGGAUCUCUACAAGGAAUGCCUACAGAAGUACAGAGUGAAAGGGGCUACAGCUGAAUCUCCAGACAAUAAUGAACCUGAGAUAAAUGAGUUGUCAUUCACGGAGUUAAGAGAUAAACUACUUGCUUUAGAUCCUCUUAAUAAAGACCAUGUAAUAAAGGUUAAUAAAGCUGAGGCUGAGUUCUGGAGAAAGUCAGAGGGAUACAGAGUAGGAUGGAGUGAUGAAAUUCUUGGCUUUGAUUGUGGUGGCCAACAAUGGGUUUCAGAGACUUGUUUUCCUGCUGGAACCAUGGCUAAGCCAAGCAUGAAGGACCUUGAAUAUGUUGAAGAUCUAAAGAAGCUGAUAGAGAAGGAAGAAGUACCAGCACCUGCUCCAAUAGAGCAGCGCUGGACAGCUUGCAGCAAGAGCCCCAUGAGUCCAGCUUCGAGCCCAUCAGUGGAUGAUAUAUUUUCAUGGGUUGGCAUAAUCAUGUACCUUCCAACUCCUGAUGCUCGCCAGAGAAAGGAAAUAACAGAAGAGUUUUUUGACUAUAGACGUCUGAGCCAAUCACAGUUGUGGGAUGAAUAUUCAGCUUUCGAGCAUUGGGCUAAAAUCGAGGUUCCAAAGGACAAGGAAGAGCUUACAGCUCUCCAGGCAAGGCUAAGAAAGCGCUUUCCAGUUGAUGCAUACAAUAAAGCACGAAGAGAAUUGGAUCCUAACAGGAUCCUUUCUAAUAACAUGCUUGAAAAGCUUUUCCCAGAGUCGGUUACCAUAUAAGAGAAGCAUCCUUCAUUGGUUAGUUGUGCAUCCAAAUAUCUUUCAUUAUGAAUUCACAUACAACAUUUUUGUAAGACUUGGUAUAGCCAAUUCCUAGUCCUAAGAAUGUGAUUGUAUUUUAAGAGGAACAUUUAGGUUCAAAUACACGAGGUGUAUUAUUAACUUAUGAAUAAUAAUACAUAAGAAAGCCUUUAAAGUGCCAAGGCAUUGCUUUCUCCUUGAUAAGGUCGAAUUUUCAAGUAUUUCUUAGUCUUUAUAAGAAAUUAAGGAUGAUGAAUUUGAUUAUCAUGUCUUAGUAGCAUUCCUUUUUUUAUUUUUUUAAUGCCUUGAUUGUAAUUUGAAAUUGCUAAAAAUAGUUUAUACAAUAAAAGAUUCUGUUGGACCAGAAUAUUUCAUGAGAAAUGGCUAGCAGAGCAGGAUAAAAUAUCUGCGGGUAAUAUGUUACCACAAUAUAUAAUCAUACAUAAGAGUGACUAACACCGGACAGAGCUAGAACCAUCCUCUGUAAAGGAACAGAAAACAAACAAAAUGGAAAACAAAGAAAAA